UUCUGGAUAAAGUUUUAUGUACUAAAGCAGAAAAGGCUUUUAAGGCAGCAGGGGAAAUAAUAACCAAUGUAAUCAUACUAGUUACCCCAAUAACGGUUAAUGCUACUUUUACCGAUUUUUGUAAAGCUCUUAAUGAAUGUAAUAAUAUGAUCCUUGGAACGGCAAGUGUGGCAAGAACAAUCCUUUUGCUAGAUAAUGAUAAGGUGGUUAGACAAUAUCCUCAAGUAUUAGCAAAACAAUUUUUGUUGGAUCUAACACCAAAGUGGAAAUCCUUUGACAUUCAAGCUUUCUUUAAUGCUCAAGUUGACUUGUUCUUUAAAGGAGACAGUGUGAUUAAAAAAAGGCUGCCUUGA